CUGUAAUUCAAGGUCAAAGACUGCGGUGCUUUCAUAUUGGUGCGCUACGAUGCACGAAAUUAACAUCGAUGAUAUUAAUUUGAGUUCUGGAUUCUCACACGCUAGAUACGCGUCUGUAGUUUCAGCGCUAGGAGUAAAUAAUCGAAAAUUAUUUAUAGGAUCCUCCUCCAUAUCAGGGGAUCUGUGGGGUGGUGGCUUGGUCGUUUACAACCUGAAGAAUGUAAAAAACUAUUUUGGUCGAAUCGCAUAUGAAGAUGAAUCGGCUGUGGUUGAUGAUAUCUCUCAGCAAGUAGUUACAGAGACGUCUUUCGACUCAUCUGUCGCAUCAAUAGCAGCCUUGAAUUUAAGUUGCAGUGAAUUAACAGACGCUGUUGUAAUUGGUUUAGAUGAUGGUUCUAUUCAGUUGGUUACACUACGUGAGGUGUCAGCUAAUUCUCAUCAGUCACAAAUGCAGCCAUUAACGAUCAAUUCUGCUACAUACCAUGAUUGGCCUUUGGAUAAAGUAAUAGCAUCUCAGACCUCAGGAUCUACGAAUCCUCAUAUCAUAACAUUAGAUGUAGCUGGAUGUGUAAAAUUAUGGGAUUGUCCAUCUUUAAUGCCUAUUAAAUCAUGGUCUAUCAAUUCUACAACAUGGCCUGUUAAUGGUUCCGCUUUCACUCCAGAUAUUUCUUUACUAUCUUCUAAUAAUACUAAUGAUAUAAUAAAUGAUCAAAAUAAUUGUGAAAACUUUUUAUUAUCAACUUUAAAUCCAUUAGAUUUGAAACGAAAAAUUUGUUUAUGGGAUAUUCGUAUCAAUGAUGUAUCUAAUCCACUUGUAAUUCAAUCAAGUGAUUGUUCAAAUAUUAAACAUGAUUUACCAACAGCACUCAGUUGGCUUUCACCACAUCAUUUGCUAUUAGGAACUUACGAAGGUCAUUUAUACGUUUAUGAUAUUCGCAAUCCUAAAAUGGAACUAUCAAAUGUAGAUGUUACAGAUACAAAUGAAACCUUCAAAUCGUCCUCACAUAGAUGUAAACAGAUUAUACAAAUCCUUACUCAUAAUUAUGCGGAAACAUCAACUAAAAAUAUUUCUAAUACUUCCAAAUAUAUCGGACUAAUUCAAAUCAAUGGUUCAAUAGAUGUUUACCAACAAAAUGUAUCAAAUGACAUGUUUACACAUGUAUAUCAUAAUGACGGAAAAUCAAUCACAAACAUUGAUAAUAAAUUUUAUGGAAGAGUUAAACCCUGUGGUUUAUUUAUUUCUUCUGAUCUUAUAAAUUCAAAACAACCAUGGAAAUUAUUACUGUCAACUGGUAUUCCUGACAAUAAUAAUAAUAAUAAUAAUAACCUAUCAUUAGCAAAUACUUCAUUAUAUACUGCUAACAUGAAUGAUCAUAAAACAUUACCAACUAAACUUGAUUAUCAACUUUGUGUACAUCCAAAUCUAAUUGAAACAAAUAUUCCAGGAUUUAACAAUCUCUCUAGAAUUCAUUACAUAAAAUUCUUUAAUAUUUAAUGUACAUACGUAAAAGCAAAAUUCAUAUUGAAAUAUAAAAUGUCCUGUAUGAUAUAGUUACAGUGAUUUUACUCGACUAAUGAUGAUUGAUAUACUUCCUCUCUGACUGAUUGUGAUAGACAAGAAUGUUUAUAAUGUUAAAAGGAAAUAGAAGAUGAAUAAGAGUCAAUCAACAUUGUAAUGUAUUUGUGUGUGUAAAAUUCAGAAUUGUACAUUUAUUGCAUUUAAUAAUAGUAAUACACUUGAAAAAUAAAAUCAGCUAUUCGUUUUUUAUAGAGAAAAGAAGCAACGAAAUUUUCGUGACUUCUUGAGUGUAGUUCGUUUGUAUAAUUAACUUUGUCCGUUGUCGUUGCUGGUAUUGUCUGUUUCACAUACAUACACACACACACCCAUUCUCAGUUGUUUUAUUUGAAUGUUAUCUAAUCUUUGAUAUUUUCUGAUGUCUUCUUUUUGUAAUCAGUAAGUUAGAUGAAGUCAUUGUUAUUGGUCAAGAAAACUGUUGAUGAGAUUUGAUUUGUAAGAGCUUUCAUUUUACCGCUUUUGAUGUGUAAGACUACUAUUGAUUAGUUUCUGUCGUGAUAUAAGUGGAGUGGUAGCUUAGUGGUUAGGAUGUUCAACUUCUCAUAUUUGAACCCCGCUGCUCCACCUACGUCAGUUCGGGCAACUGGUUAGUAUCACUAGCUCACAUAAUUGGGAUGUGACUUAUAACCAAGUAUCUGAUGAAUGAGUCUGAUAUUUUUUCUAUGUGUAUGUCUUGAAGCCUUAAAAUCAUCAACUGGAAAUCACAAACCCCUACUAAUAAAAUCCAUACUGGUCGUCUAGUAAACAAAGAAUUGGUAAGGAAAACCAACUUAUUUUUUAUGCAAAAUCAAUCUGUGGCUUUGUAAAACAUGAAAAUCAUACAUUGAAUGCAUCAUUUGCAUAUCUUUCUUCAGUUAUCUCUGACACACUUCAUCAUUCUUCAGAUAUUAUCGUUCUGAUCGCUCUUCGUUUUCCUUCCCUUCUCAUUUCAAUUUUUGCUGGUAAGCAUUCUAUUUCCGAUCCCUACUACGUACUAUUUAUAUCUGUCCGCAUAUGUAGUGCCACACCUCAGUCUCACAGGUCAACCACUAUCUGGGCUCAACCAAAAGUUACUAGGUUAACACCUCGGUAUGAGCAUCAUUACUGAGACACAUCCAUUCAGGUGAGGAGCCGUAAAUAGAACGAAGCACAUUUCCUAGGUUUUACCACUAGCCACUAUCUGACUGUAAUAUAAGUCUGUUGAUGAGACUGCUUAUCUUGAUAUUUAGAUUCUAUUUUGCAUUUUUAACAGGCAGGUAUCAUCUUGAUUAUAUCUAAUCAAAGGAGAGUUUGUUUAGCGAAUAAAAUAAAUCUGACUUAAAACUCAAUGAACUUCAGAUUUUAACUUCUUUAUGCCUAUUUUAUUUAUUUUCCGUGAUUGAGUACAAUUGUAUGCAUAAUCACUUUAUUGAGUUAUAAUAGUUGUAUGACAUUGCGGAAUCCUUAAUCUGUUAUAAUGCAAAUGAAAAUUAUUUAUUUUCCGAUUGAUAAAUAAUAACUACUUUAUGUUAGAUUUUAUUCUUCAAAAUAAAAAAUUAUAUUGUACAAAAUAUGAUGAAUAACCUGGUAGAUAGAUUCAUGCAAAUGAAAGUAAGUUUUCUGAUUCACCCCCUUAAAAUGAAGAUUAGAAGAAAUUCAAUUUCAUAUAGUGUUAAUUAGUUUGGACUCUAUAGAUUCACUGGUAGAAUAUCUAUGUAUAAAUUCUGGUCUUUACUGUUUGAUCUUAGGUUGAUUGGUGUACGAGUUUGAAACUGUCAGAUCAAGUAAGCGAAGAUGAAUAGUGGCUA